AUGUCUCGACCCGAGUUGAUACCGGAUAUUCUAAUCCGCCACGCCGGGGAGUCUUGCGAGAAGGUCGCUUUUGCAGGUCCGGGGUGGACAAUAACGUAUGGCGACCUCGAAAAACGGACUAGGCGUCUAGCAGCCCAUCUGGUCCAUGCCGGCAUAGGGCGAGGAGAUUUCGUGGCCAUCGUGCUAGGCAGAUGUCUCCAGACUGUCGAGUCCGUGCUCGCAAUCACGCGAGCUGGUGCUGUGGGAGUCCCUUUGGAUUCUCGUUCACCAUCAUCAGAACUGGCUAAGGUUCUGGAGCAUAGUGGCGCACGUGUAAUAAUCACGGAUGGCCGGUACUUGACCACAGUGCGCACCGCUGCUGCGGAAGGCAGCUUAAUCAUUCUAAGCACCGAGGAGAUCCCCAAGAUGGAUGCUAUAGAGGGAAAGCAUCAGAUUGCGCGAUACCAAGAUUGGAUUGAAGACGCGGAGUACUCGACCUUGGAUAUCCAGAUCGACAAUCUUAGAGAGGACGAGCAAGCCUUUCUACACUACACUUCUGGGACAACAAGUUUGCCCAAAGGGGUACUGUCCAACCAGAGGAGUUGGCUGUUAAAUGUGAACAGCCUGGUUUCAGCAUUCGAACUGACGCCCGAGGACCGCUUCUUCUGGCCUCUACCCCUGUUCCACUGCAUCGGCCACUUGUUGUGUAUCAUGGGCACCGUGGUCGUCGGUGCUAGCGCGUAUCUCCCUGACGCCGAUCAGACGCUGUUUGACAGUCUCAGAGACACGAACGCCCAAGAAACUACUCUCAUCGUGGGAGCGCCUACCACCUUCCACGAUCUCAUGGAUGCCGCGAAGCGGUCAGAUCCUACCUCGCCAUUGUUUUUGCCCAGGCUGCGGGCAUGUAUGUACGCAGGUUCCUCGGCAUCUGGAUCUCUAGGUGCCCAGAUCAAGGAGUAUCUCGGCGUUCCCCUCCUGAACAACUAUGGGUGUACCGAAGGUUGCGGUUCUAUCGCUGUUAGCAGAACGGGCCACACCUAUCGUCACAAUUCCAGUAUAUCGCUACUGCCACACUGGGAGAUCAAGCUAGUGGACCCAGAUGGGCAUCCAGUCCAAGACGGCGAGCAAGGCGAAGUCUGCAUCGGCGGCCCCGGUUUGAUGCUCGAGUACUACAGAGAGACGCGGACGCCGUUUACGCCGGACGGCUGGUAUCCUACCGGCGACAUCGCAAUUCGCUCGAGCUCAGCAGCUGGCGCGGAGUUGACCCUGGUUGGACGCAGGAAGGAGAUCAUCAUUCGAGGAGGUGAAAAUAUUCAUCCUCAUGAGUUGGAGCAUGUCUUGCUUCGGCAUCCCGGCGUGGCUGAUGUCGUCGUGGCUGGAAUGCCGCAUAGACUGCUUGGAGAGACUCCUGCUGCCUUUAUUGUCAAGAGCGUUGCGAACAUGGACUUCGAUCUAUCGGCCUUGCUUGCUGCGUGUCGUGAAGUUUUGCCAGAUUAUAAGAUACCCACCGCGUUUUAUGAGAUCGACACCGUUCCUCGGACCGUUAUUGGUAAACCGAAAAGAUUAACCAUGACUGCUUAUACGAACAAACCGCUCACUGCCCGGUCUAUGUUGCAGUCGAGAGACUUAAUCGAAGCACUAGUAAUGGCGGAAACGGUCAGCGCAUGCACUAUAGACGCUGGACCCGAGAGUGAGUCAAAUACAGACUGGCUUCGUCGGCACUUUGACCAGCCCUUUUCGUUUUUGGGCUUGAGUUCAAUGGCUGGAGUGGUCCUCCGAGACCGACUUGCCGGUCUCACUGGCUUGGAUGAUCUUCCCAAUACCCUCGUGUUUGAUUAUUCGACCCCGGCAGCUGUGAGCACGUACCUUCAUGGCCGAUUGUUGGGUCCUAAAACGGCACCUCUGCCCAGUUCGACACCGACUACGAAGGCGGAUAGUGAAGUGGAGCCAAUUGCUAUAGUAUCCAUGGCCUGUCGGUAUCCUGGAGGCAUCUCUUCCCCGGAGGACCUGUGGCAGCUUGUUUCAGAUGAGAUUGACGCGACCACCGACUUUCCAGACGACCGCGGCUGGGAUGUCGAGUCAUUGUAUAGUACCGACCCCGACACCCCUAAUACCUCAACAACGAAGCGCGGCGGUUUCCUGCCCGACUUUGCCCGCUUCGACGCUGGCCUGUUUGGCAUGGCGCCGCGUGAGGCUCUCGCCACUGAUCCCCAGCAGCGGCUGUUAUUGGAAACGACGUGGGAACUAGCCGAACGAGGGGGUAUUGCUCCGUUGUCGCUGCAGGGUAGUCAGACCGGCGUGUUUGUGGGUACUCUGUAUGAAGACUAUGAAGAGAACGGCUUUGGGAACGACGAGUUGGAAGCACAUCUUGGGCUGGGAUCGUCCAGCAGUGUCGUCUCUGGGCGUGUGUCGUACUGCUUUGGUCUCCACGGUCCAUCCCUAGUCGUCUCAACAGGCUGUUCAUCCUCACUAGUAGCAAUCCACCUAGCAGCCCAAUCCCUCCGAAACAGAGAAUGCUCGCUCACCAUCGCGGGAGGAAUAACAACCAUGGCCACACCACGGCCGUUCACUAUGUUCAGCAGAAGACGAGGCUUGUCGUCGGACGGGAGAUGCCGGGCAUACUCAAGUGAUGCAAGCGGUACUGGUUGGUCCGAAGGUGUCGGCUUGCUCCUCCUCGAGCGACUCUCAGAUGCCAAACGCAACGGGCAUCAAAUCCUCGGGCUGAUCCGCGGGUCUGCCGUUAACUCUGAUGGUAAAUCUAAUGGGUUGACGGCGCCGAAUGGGCCCGCCCAGCAGAUGUGUAUCCAGAGCGCCCUGGCCCAGGCGGGGAUGUCACCGGAGAACGUGGACGUGCUGGAAGGUCAUGGCACAGCAACGCCUUUGGGUGAUCCUAUUGAGGUUCAGGCUGUGAUUUCGGCCUAUGGCAACGGUGAUAGGAAGAACAUUGACAGCGCUCGCCGUUCGGAAUCGCUGCUACUUGGCUCAAUCAAGUCUAACAUUGGUCACACACAAGCCGCUGCUGCCGUCGCAGGAAUUAUCAAAAUGGUACAGGCCAUGCGCCAUGGCGUGGCCCCGGCAUCAUUGCAUAUUCGUGAACCGUCACCCCAAAUUGACUGGGAAGGGAGUGGUGUUGAGCUGCUCAGCAAGGCUAGGCAGUGGCCGUCUGUGAAUAGACCAAGGAGGGCUGCGGUGUCUUCGUUUGGUAUUGGAGGCACGAAUAGCCACAUAAUUUUGGAGCAGCCCGAGCCUGUGCAGAUGCAAGACUCUACUUCCAAGAGAAUAUCCGCCGCCUUUCCCUGGCUCAUCUCCGGUGCAAGCGAAGUUGCUUUACGCGCACAAGCUCACUCAUUGCUGACGGCUUGGAGAGAAGCUGAUAGUAACACAUUCAGCCCCCUCCGUAACCAGGAACCUGCCGACAUAGCGUUCUCACUUGCCACUGCGCGAUCUGCACUCAAGUACAGAGCCACGGUGACGUACGCAUUGGGAGCGAACAUGCACAAUCAAAUUGAAACAACACUUGAAAGGCUAGCCCAAGGCGAGCCACACCCCGAUGUCAUGACGGCACACACAAACACCACCGGUAAUAAGCCCCGCCUGGCGUGCUUAUUCUCAGGCCAGGGCAGUUGGAUGCCAACCAUAGACACACUGGAAGAGCUACGCGCUACCUUCCCCGUCUUCUCCGCGGCGUUCCAGGCAGCGUGUGACGAAGUGGACAUGCACUUGGAGUGCCCACUCGUACAUGCCAUCACUGAUGGCAGCAUGCUAGACCGCACCGACUUCGCACAAGCAACUCUUUUUGUCUUCGAGGUGGCCAUGUUCCGCCUCCUGGAGUCGUUUGGUAUCCGUCCAGACUUUGUUGCUGGACAUUCCCUGGGAGAGAUCGCCGCGGCGCAUGCUGCUGGGGCUUUGUCUCUUCGUGAUGCUGCUACCAUCGUCACCACGCGGGCUAAACUUAUGGCAUCUCUACCACCCAACGGGGGUAUGGUGAGCAUAGCGGCGACGGAGGCGGAAGUGGCCAUUGAGCUGUCACAAUUCGACGGAAUUGCCAGUAUUGCUGCUGUCAACUCGCAGACCUCGGUCGUGGUGUCUGGCACACAAGAGGCAAUUCAGGCCGUCGCAGACAGGUUCACCAGUCUAGGACGAAGAGCUACCGUACUGCGAAACGUUAAGCACGGUUUUCACUCUCAAUUAAUGGACCACAUACUCCCUGGACUUGAAAACGCACUGCCAUCGUCAAUGGAAAGCGAGAACCCCACAACCAUACCGCUCGUUUCCACCGUCACGGGAAAGCGAGCAGCCGCAGCGCAGCUCCGCUCUUCAAACCACUGGAUCCGCCACGUCAGCGAGCCAGUCCGCUUCGCAGACGCCGUCAACGAGCUCAGGUCCAAGGAGCACGUUUCCGUGUUUGUGGAAAUCGGUCCGUCGGCAGUCCUGUCUCCACAUGUUCCGGACGCCGCCGCCACGCAUGGCACAGUUGACAAGCUACUAGGAAUGCUCGGCCAACUGUGGGCUCGCGGUGUACCAGUUGACUGGCAGGCUGUUUUUGAUGGUAGUGGUGCGCGAUUUGUCGAUCUACCUGUCUAUGCUUUCCAACGGCAGAGAUAUUGGCUUCCCUAUACGCCGCUUUUGCCGGUGACGUCCAUGGGAGCAGUCACGGAGCAGGCUCAAGAGCGAACCUCGGGUGUCUUCGGUGGCUCGCGGCUGGGACAUGAGAUGAUCUUCAACGCCACGUCCAUCCCAGGAACAGGCACUAUCAUCUGUUCGGGCUACCUGUCCACGGCCCGACAGCUUUGGCUUCGUGACCACAUCAUUGGUGGACAAUCGCUCGUUCCAGCCUCGGCGUUUACUGAGCUUGCUCUGCGGGCUGCUCAGGAAUGUGCAGAGCGUUCUGAAAUUUCCUCUCUGAUCCUGGAUGAGAUGAUUGUCAUCGCGUCGCUGGACUUGUCUUCAGCAGAGGACGAGGAACAAGGAGAACCCGGAGAAGUGGAGAUCCAAGUACUCAUAGGAGAGUCACAGCCUGAGGAUGCGGCCACCCAGAACCAAAGAACCGUCGACGUGUACUCACGCCCCCGCGGCGUCGCAACGCAGCAUGAGUGGACGCAGCACGCCACAGGUACUUUCCAGCUCAUAUCGCAGCCCAACCCCAGCCAAGAAUCGUUCAUAAACGGCACAGACCCCACAAAGGCCGAAUCAGACGUGAACAUUUCCGAAGCAUACGCCGUCUUGAGUGGUGCAGGCCUCACAUACGGACCGUCUUUCCAGGGCGUACGUGCCAUUUGGCGUCUACAUGACAAUGACCUACUGGUACAGAUUGACCCGCCUCAGGAUCAGAGUCAGAUGUCGACUUCCAUUCUGCACCCGGCUGUGCUAGAUGCUGCAUUGCAUGCGUCUACCCUUGCUUCAGCAGAGAAGGUCGCUAGUGGCGACAUUCGACUGCCGUUCUCGUUCCGAGGGAUCCAGGUUUUUGAGGCGGUUGGCGCCUCUAGCCCAAUUCUAGCACGCAUCCAUCAUAUAGGCGAGAACAGCUUCUCAAUGACAAUGACGGACCACUCAUCGGGUGUGGUACUCGCGAAGAUUUCUGAGGUUCAGCUGCGCACCUGGCAACCUACUGUUGCUGGGGGUGACCUCUACCGCCUCGAAUGGAUUGACUUUGCGUCUAAACCCACAACAUCUACGACGACGGACAAGAUUGUUCGAUUCGAAAGCUCCCACGACGUUGACGCGACAGCAGUCAGCAAAGCUGUGCACGAAGGUCUCGCCGAGGCGCUCCAUGCCGUGCAUGAGUGGAGGGCCGAUAAGUCACCUGCUGCGGACGAGGUCCGCCUCGUCUUCGUGACGGAGAGGGCGACAUCGACCGGCGGCAAUUCCGAUAUUGACCUCGUCGCUGCCGCUGUGUGGGGUUUUGUACGCUCCGCGCAGGCAGAGUUCGGCGGGGCCCGGGUGGCGCUCAUCGAUUUAGAUGGGUCAUCCGAGUCUGAAGAGGCUCUAACGGCUGCGCUUGUUUCCAGAGAGGAAAUUGUUGCUGUUCAUGGUGGGAAGACCAUGAUUCCCAGGUUAGGCAAACAGCCUUCAGUGACGGAACCUCCCCAAGCGAUGUCUCUCGAUGUGAGCGGGACUGUCUUGAUCACUGGCGGUACAGGUGGCCUGGGUGCCAUGCUGAGUCGAGACAUAGUGCACGCUCAUGGAGCCAAAAGUCUUCUUCUCGUUAGCCGGUCGGGUAUAGAAGCAACGGGAGCACGCGAGUUAUACGAUGAGCUACGGAGCGCAAAUGCAGCUGUGCGUGUCGAAGCAUGCGACGUCAGUGACCGCGCCCAGCUAGCCGCACUGCUGGACAACCAUAAUCAUCAUCAAUACCCACCCAUCACCACAGUCAUUCACUGCGCAGGUGUAGUCAGCGACGCAUUCCUGGGCUCCCAAACUCCAGAGCGAGUAUCUAGUGUUCUCCGCCCCAAGGUCGACGCCGCGUGGAACCUCCACGACCUCGUCCCCGACACGGUCCGCUCGUUCGUCCUCUUCUCGUCGUACGUCAGCGUCCUCGGAAACGAAGGCCAAGCGGCGUAUAGCGCGGGCAACGCGUUCUUGGAUGCCCUAGCUCGCUUCCGUGUCGCACGAGGAUUGCCUGCCCUGUCGCUGGCUUGGGGGCCUUGGGCUAAUGAUGCCGGGAUGGCCGCUGGAAGCAAACUUGACGCGAUUCCCCCGCGCAUUGCCAACGCUCGGCCGUUUACAGAUCAACAGGGUCUGAGUCUCCUUUACAGGGCGUUGCAUAUGCAGGCUACAAACCCGUCAGAGCCGGUUCUUCUGCCGUUGCUGCUGCGCGGGCCCUUCCCGCUGGUGCCGUCUGCUGGUCCGGCAUACAAAACCAAGACGAAUGCCAAACGGGAGUCGGGAUCAAGCGCCGUAUGGCGCAGGAACAUUGCGGCAGUGCCAUCCGAGAACCGUCAUGACACUCUGUUGGGCCUGGUGCGAGACGAGAUUGCCGCGGUGCUGGGAUACCAGGGCCAAGAUAUGCUUCCUGAUCAGCGACUUGAUGAUCUCGGUUUCGACUCCUUUACUUCUGUCAUGCUCACAAACAGACUGAGGGUGUUGACUGGGCUCAGUUACCUCCCUGUUACACUCGCGCUGGACUAUGAUACUACGACAGCGCUGGUAGAGUACCUGUUACCUCGCAUUGAAGCAGAGCCACAGCCAGAAGUCGACACGGAUUCAGAUGCUUCCACGACAGCUGGGGACACGUCAGUUUCUCGUGACAGUGGCAAGGAAGACGAGUUGAGCCCAUCUUCUAGUGUAACUACUCUAGCUCUGGAGGAGCAAGACGACCUCAACCCCGAGAUAUUCCGUGGACUUGCCACAAUCCACAGACGGCUGUCACAACUGGAACAGUACACCGCUGCAGCAGAUCUCCUAGCCUCAGCCGCGCUCGCAAUGCCAACUUUCCCCAAGACAGGGACCGUCCUGUCAAGCUACGCAGCGGAACCCCAGCGCCUAGCGACCGGUCCAUCAGCCUCUUCCAACUCAGAGCUGCCCCUACCAUUAGUCUUCAUCGCGCCUUUCUUCCCACGCAUCAAGAUCGAGGGCGUCGGUCUCAGCGUAUAUAGCAACCUGGCAUCUGCAAUGAACGGCAAAAGGGAUGUCUUCGAACUCCCACAUCCAGAAGCGCAGGCCGUCCCAAGUGACCUCGGCACGCUAGCCGAUCUGCACGUCCACACCAUCCGGAAACACUUCUCAGAUAGACCGGGAAUCAUCCUCGCAGGUUACUCCGCGGGAGGCACCGUCGCAUAUGCCGUGGCUUCCAAACUGGCUAACGCAGAAUCCGAGCAGCCUCGGCUGGCGGGCUUCGUCCUGGUGGACACGUAUCUCACCAUGACGGGGAGAGGAGAUCCAGACUGGCUGAACGCGCUGCCGGCCGAGGCACUCGUUUCGCGCCUCCAGGUGCCGCCAAGCUUAGGCCACCCCAAAGGCAUGGGCAGCGACAGUCUCGUUGGAGAUUUGGACGUGGCGCUGGCGAAGGUGGGUGGGUAUUUUAGGGCGUUGCGGGAUUGGGAUAUUGGACUACACCCCCUGCCUGAUGCGCUCUCUACGCUGUUUGUGCGUGCCGUGGAUCCAUCGGAUAAGAUGCCCAAGGAUACAGAUGUUUGGCGUCCACGGUGGCCGCGGGCCGAUCUUACGGUUGAUGUGCCGGGGAGUCACCUGGCUUUGUUGGAUAAGCGGUAUGCUCCUGGUGCUGCUGGGGAGAUUGAACGGUGGGCGAGGGAAGACCUGAAUGCUUAG